AUGACUAUCUCAUGUUCACUUGACAAUUCAAGCAGCCUGUUCAAGCUUCAAUAUCUUCAGAAUCUGAAUUUAGCAUACAACUACUUCAACGAUUCUGAGAUUCCUUCAGAAUUUAAUAAGUUGUCGAAUUUGGUUUAUUUAAACCUUUCAAAUGCAGGCUUUCAAGGACAAAUUCCAAUUACAAUUUCGCAUUUAAAAGGAUUGGUUAUUCUCGAUUUAAGUGAUUUGGGCUUGAAGCUUGAGAAUCCAAAUCUAAAUAUGCUUGUUCAAAACCUUUCGAAGCUUACGGAACUUUAUCUCGAUGGUGUGGAUAUAUCAAUGCAAGGGCAUGAGUGGGGCCCAACAUUAUCAUUUUCACUACCAAAUCUAAGAGUGUUAAGCUUGUCAAAUUGCGAUCUGUCGGGGCCUUUUGAUCCGUCCUUGGUGAAUCUCAAAUCCCUCUCAGUUAUUCGUAUGAGUGGUAACAACUUCUCUGCUCCGAUUCCUGGCUUUUUGGCAGAAUUCAGAAAUUUGACAACCUUGAUCUUCAGUGGCUCUUCAUUGAAUGGAAAAUUUCCAGAAAAGAUCUUUCAAAUUCCAACAUUGCAAAUGGUUGACCUGGUCAUUGCCAUAUUCUAUUGGGAAUCUCAAACUAUUGUUUGA